GACAUCGUCAAAAUCGACCAGAAUCAAAUACCUUAAGAAAUCCCUCGCACAUUUCGCAAUUGAUUAAAAAUGGGCGGCGGCGGCAAAAUUCCAUAUCCCAAACAUGUCUGGUCUCCAGCUGGAGGAUGGUAUUCGCAACCUGGUAACUGGAAGGCGAAUACUGCCAUUAUGGCGACUAUCAUUGUUGGGAUUACUGCUGGAAUGUGGAAAUUAAGUGCCGAGAGAGAGUUCAGAACGAAGUUUCCGGAGGAGGGAAGGUUUUUCCCAAGUCGAUACUGGAGUAAACAAAUCAAGGAGCACGAGGCACAGAAGAACAAGAGCAUUACCGAUCGUGUGGUAGAGAAGGUCACUGGAAACUAAAUUCGAGAAUGUGGAAAAGAUUGUACAUAUUUUGGGUCGUCACACAAUGAACAGGCAACUUCGAGAACAAUGAUUGCACCCCUUAUCA